UGAUGAGUUUGUGAGGGAUCCAACGGGAAGAAAUACACUUUGAACUAAAAGUUGCUCCAAAAGUUAUUUCGACAUAGAGGGAAUUAAAGGAACAUAUCAACAGCAGCUGACAUGAGGUUGGCCAGCACUGGGGUUCGGGCCCGGAGGGCUGCAGAGCUCUCUGAACCAGAACCAGAGGAAGCAACGGAGCCAGUUCAUCAUGAGCACUCCCAUUCAGAACAUCACCCCAGCCAUGAUUACAACCACAUGAAGGAGAAGUUCAUGAAUGAACUUGGACAUCUGCCAAUUCCCAUGUGGGCAGUAGCAGCCAUUGUUGUGGUGGUCCUGGUUUUGGUAGGAUGCUUCAUCUUCUGUGUUUUUAAAAAAUGCUUCGGGAAAAAGAAAAAGCCAAAGAAAGUAAGGGAGAGGAAGACAGGCCGCCGUAAAAAAGAAAAGGAAGGUGAAGGAGAGGCUGGGGAAAAGGAGGGGGAGCAGAAGAAGGAAGGGGAGGAAGAGGAGAAAGAACAGGAGAAGCUGGGUAAGCUGGAGUUCUCGUUGGACUACAACUUCACAGACACCCAGCUUAUAGUGGGUAUCCUUCAGGCUCAGGACCUCGCUGCUAUGGACAUGGGGGGAACAUCAGACCCCUACGUCAAAGUCUUUUUGUUGCCAGAUAAAAAGAAGAAGUACGAGACCAAAGUUCAACGCAAGAAUUUAUGCCCCGUUUUCAAUGAGACUUUCAUCUUCAAGAUCCCGUAUGCAGAGUUGGGCGGAAAGACUUUGGUGCUGCAGGUUUUUGACUUUGAUCGUUUCUCCAAGCACGAUAUGAUUGGUGAGAUAAAGAUUCCCAUGAACAGUGUUGAUUUGGGCCAGCCAAUGCAACAAUGGAGAGACUUGGAGAGUGGUGAGAAGGAGGAGCAAGAAAAACUGGGAGACAUUUGCAUUUCUUUACGGUAUGUACCCACUGCUGGAAAACUGACAGUGAACAUCAUGGAGGCAAAGAAUCUGAAGAAAAUGGAUGUCGGUGGCUUAUCAGAUCCAUAUGUGAAGAUUGUUCUGCAGCAAAAUGGGAAACGGAUUAAGAAGAAAAAGACGACUGUCAAGAAAAACACGCUCAAUCCUUACUUUAAUGAGAGUUUCAGCUUUGAUGUCCCUUUUGAGCAGAUACAGAAAGUGCAAGUUGUCCUCACAGUGUUUGACUAUGAUAAACUUGGGAGCAACGACCCCAUUGGAAAGACCUUCAUGGGUUAUGGAGCUACAGGAGUCGGCCUGCGCCACUGGUCAGAAAUGCUUGCCAAUCCCAGACGUCCAGUAGCCCAGUGGCACACUCUGCUGCCAGAAGAAGAAGUCGAUGCUGCAGUCAAAGCGAAACCUCGUUAGAGUCGCACCUUGUUCAUGUAUCACAUACUGUUGAUAUGCUACUUAUUGUUAAUCCUGAUGUUUUGUCAAUCUGUUUGUUCUGUAUUUCAUUUUGUUUAAGAUACUUUAAUGUGACACGUGUGUGUGUAUGUGUGCGUGUGUGUGUAUGUGUGUGAUGCACAGACUAUUUUUGAUAUUUGGUUGUACUUAAAACCCUCGUCUUCCCCUAUUUACCUUAUAUGAUUUGUACUUGCAUCUUUUGUGUAUGCUCAUUCGUGGGCCCAGUAAAAAUUCGGAUGCAUGAACGUGGGAUUCAGAAUAAGUCUGUGUUCUGAAAUGUUAGAUAACUCUAAAUACACGGUAGAGCCUUUUUUGCUCAUUUUGUAGUGCUGAAAAAUGCCUCCUGUAACGCUCUGUAUCUUUGCAAAUGCAAAUAAACCCACAAUGGACAAUUACAAUGCUUCUCUUAUUGUCUUACC